UACUAACGGAAACCUGUUAAUUUGUUUACUUCUUUUCCAUACAAAAAACUUGAAUCAAUGCCCCCGCGGUUGCCGUGCGGUCACGUCAGGAAUUUUUUGCUGCCAGGACAGAUAGCUCGAAGAAUGAGCUCCCAACCAAGUGUAUACGUGACACGUCCGGAUGUGGACGACAGCGGUCUGGAGUUGCUGCGCAAGAGUUGCCAGGUGAGCACUUGGAAUGAGACCUUCCCGGUGCCCCGCCCUGAACUGAUCCGCGGGGUGGCCGGAAAGGACGCCCUUUACUGCGCUCUAACUGACAAGGUCGACAAGGAAGUCCUGGAUGCUGCGGGCCCCCAGCUGAAGUGUGUGGCCACAAUAUCCGUAGGCUAUGACCACAUCGACGUGGAGGAGUGCAAGAAACGUGGCAUUCGCGUGGGCUUCACCCCGGACGUACUCACAGAUGCCACGGCGGAACUGACGCUCGCCCUUCUCUUGGCCACCAACCGGCGACUGUUCGAGGCCAACAAACAGGUGUACAACGGUGGCUGGAAGUCGUGGGCCCCGAUGUGGAUGUGCGGUCAGGGACUGAAGGGCUCUCGAGUGGGCCUGCUCGGCUUCGGGCGCAUCGGCCAAGAGAUAGCGGCACGUAUUGUGCCCUUCAAGCCGGCGGAGAUAACCUACACAACCCGUUCGCCACGACCCCAGGAGGCAGCAGCCGUGAAUGCCCGGCACGUCGACUUUGACGAGAUGCUUCGCAACUCAGACUUUAUCGUAGUCUGCUGCGCCCUAACCCCGCAGACCAAGGAGAUCUUCAAUGCUGCUGCGUUCGAGAAUAUGAAGUCCAACUGUAUUCUUAUCAACACAGCGCGUGGUGGGGUUGUGGACCAGAAGGCUUUGUACGAGGCACUGAAGUCAAAGAAAAUUCAGGCCGCUGGUCUGGAUGUCACUACGCCGGAGCCCCUUCCAUUGGACGACCCGCUCCUCGAGCUGGACAAUGUGGUAAUCCUUCCUCAUAUUGGCAGUGCUGACAUCGAAACACGCAAGGAAAUGUCCCGAAUCACGGCCAGAAAUAUACUUGCUUCUCUCGCUGGCGAGAAAAUGGAAGCUGAAGUAACAGUCUAAACUGUAAUCUUUUUAUUCUCAUAACGACGUUUUAUGUAAAAUGUAUGAGCUUUAUGGGAAUAAAAGUUUGGAUUUAUGUUUGAGUUGUAGAAAUUUAAAUAAACCACUUUGAUGAUAUCGACUUAAAAAUAAAGAUGUAUUCUUCGGAAUGAA